AUCGUUCACACUGUUCUGCGGCCAUGUCAAAGCCCAAACCAGGUCUAGGGAAGGGCAUCGGAAAGGGCAUCGCCCGCACCCUCUCCGUGGCCCACUCCACGCCAGACUACGCUCUAGUACCGACAUGGGAUCCACCAGAGAUCGUCCUCGCCCACCCCGCCCGUCUUCGACACCCGCCGGCUUCAACUCGAUUACCUAUAUUCCGCCUUUCUGCCAUCCCUAGGCCAUACCUCUCUCAGCCUUACUCAUGCCCUUACCCAUACUCUUACUCUUACUCAACGCUCUCAACAUCACCACCACCGCCUGCACAGCCAAUGCCCCUCUCCCCCGAUCGGGUACUUUAUUCUUAUCCUUCUCUGCCCCCUUCAACAAGUAUAGACGUCCUUCUGUCCGCUCUUGAAAUCAAUUCUCAUACCUCUUACACCUCCUUAUUCAAUUCUUCUUCUAUCGCUCUCGAUUCCUCCCCUUCCAGUUCAUCGCCAAGCUCAAGUUCAUCAGCAAGGCCAAAUAUACUGCCAGUCCCCUACUCCCCUGCUGGUCCUCGCGAUCCACCAUCCCCGCGAUCGACCCAGCAAUCGCUCAAAUCCCGCUCGCUCAACUCUCUCUCUUCAUCUCUCGAUUCUUCCUCCUCAGCCCCGCCCCCUCCGGGUCAUUCUUCUGGCGGCGGCGGUGGUGGUGGAGUUACCUUUGGAGCGGUCAUUCCGCCCCUCGCUACGUCUGAUGGGGGCGGGUUACCUUCUUCAUCAUUCAUCUUCCACCUCGGUGCUUCUGGUUUGGCUAAAGACCGGCCUCGCACUUCCUCUUCCUCCUCAUCACCAGCCAGACCUUCUAUCCCUCCACGUCCCCGCUCUUUUCCUCUCCUCUCCAUCCCCUCCCCCCCUUCCUCCGCCCUCAGGUCCAUCUCCAUAGGGGAAGACUCCUACUUCACCCGCCCUGAUGGACUAUGUAUAGCAGACGGGGUGGGUGCGUGGGCACGAAGUGGAAGAGGAAAAGCGGAUGCCGGGCGAUGGAGUGCGUUGAUGACGCAUUUUUGUGAAGAGGAAGUCGGGAAUUGGUGGAGUGGGAAGGACAUUUAUUUGAGAAAUCCGAGAGGCAAAGGCAAGGGCAAGGGCAAGGAAAGGGAUAAGAGUUCGUCAGUGCAAAGUAAGGAGUCCUCGGGCAGAGGGAAUGACAAGAGCAAUGUCAAGGGGAAGGGAAAGAGCAGCGCAAUGGAGGAAGAAGUUACAGAAGGAGAAAAGGAAAGACGACCCUUGGAUCCUGUAGAGAUAAUGCAGAGGGGCUACGAAAAGUGUUUAUCCUGCGCCAUCUCCGAGGGAAUAAACGGAUCCUCAACAUGCCUCCUCGCCCUCCUCCACAACUCCACUCUUCACGUCGCCAAUUUGGGUGACUGCUGCCUCCUCUUGAUUCGCGGAGGAAAAGUCGUCUUCCGGACGGAGGAGAUGCAGCAUGCGUUUAAUUUUCCUCUCCAGGUCGGCACGCACAGCAGGGACGAACCCAUGAAAGACGCAAUGCGAUUCGACGUGCCUGUCAAGAAGGGUGACAUUGUCGUUGUUGGGAGUGAUGGGUUGAUGGAUAAUAUGUUUGACGAAGACAUUCUCGAAGUCCUCUCCCAACUCUCCCCUUCCCCGUCCCCAUCUCCCUCCCCACCACCUCCACAACCCGUCUCGUCAUCCCCGCAAAGCCCUUCCCCCACACAUACCCACACGCACACCGACACCCACACUCUCACCCUGAAUCCCCAAAAAGCCUCUGAAGCCCUCUGCACUCGCGCUCGCCAAAUAUCCGAAACCACAACGACAACCACUCCAUUCAUGUGUGCCGCCAUCGAGGAAGGAAUAGACUUUGUAGGGGGGAAGAAGGAUGAUAUCAGUGUGCUGGUUGGGGUUGUUGGAGUGAGGAGUCUGAAGGAAGUAUCGGUGAAGGAUGGGUUGGAAGGGGUAGAGGAACAAGGACAGGCACAAGGCAAGGAAGGAGGGAAGGAGAGGCUGAUGUUGUAUCAUUGAUGUUCUUUCUAUAAUCGAAAAAGACAAGGCGAUCGAAGGGGUUGUAACGCUGUAGACAAAAACCAAGAUUUGUAUUCCCUAUAUCAUACUGUCAUCUAUCUAUUGUUUUUCUUUUAUCCUUUAUAUCCUUCUUGUUUAUUAUGACCUUUGAUAGAACCGCCCACAAAA